AUGGGAGAAUCACCUGUCGGUAACGGUCUUGGGGAGAUCCAAAUUUCUACCCUAAACACUUCAACACUCCUUUCAGAUCGUGUUUCAAAAAAUAAUAAUCAUAAAGUUUGGUAUAAGUCGACUUCUCUCGAUUCGUUACGUUUACAAACGAACUCAUCCGAGUUUAUACUUACCUCAACAACAAAUCAAGAUGUUAAUGCUAGUUCAGCUACAAAGUCAGGUGGUCGUAAAGCAAUUAUACCUACUCCGAACCGACCUAUCAAAAAAGAACCAUCUGAUACAGUCCAAUUUUCCUCUAAUGAUGAUACAGUUGUUGAGAAGGUAAAUUAUAGUCAACCAGAAAAUAAGGAUAAAAUCAACCAGGAUGAUGACGAUUCAUUUGAAUCCUUUAUGAGUGCUAACUUCGUUCCUUUUUCUGGUAAACAAUCGCUUUAUGAAUGGCUCGAUGAGACUGAGGACUUGUUCAAUCGAUUUAAGAUUUCUCGUCAAUUUCGAUACAAAGCUAUUCCAUUGUUAAUUCAAGGAGAUGCCAAGCGCAAAUACAUUAAGUAUCGCCGGUCCAUCACGUCAUUCGACGAUUUCUAUGAGUUUUUGAUGACUCAUUACGAUAUAAUUCCAUCAGUAUCUAUUCAAACUCAAGCCGAUCUUACUUCUGAAUCUGUUAAAAGUUCUACAUCUAAUGAUAAACCAAUUGUUGAAUUAAAAGCAAAUGUUACUAAUAAUACAGAUUCUAAUCAAUUAUUAAAAUCAUCAGUAUCUUUUCCUACUAAUAUCGUUGAUAAAGAUACCACCAAUACGUCUGGUGAUGUGUCAAUUCUUAAAUCAGCUAUGCCGAAUUUUGAUAAUAGUUCAAUGUCAUUUGAAUCAGUAGUCAGUGAUUUACGUAAAGCAAUCGUAACCGAUUUUAUUAAACACCCGAAAAUUUUUCGUGGUGCUAAGGAUGAUGUCAUUAAGUGGGUAGACGAGAUUGAUCAUUUAAUGCAAAUCGCUCAUGUACCUGAAUGUAGUCGACUGGACUUGAUUUCAUAUUCUCUACGUGGAGAUGUGCUCCAGUGGUUCAAAAACAAUAAAGGUUCAUUGACUUGUUGGAAUGUAUUCGUUCAAGAAAUAAAAAAAAGCAUUCACAUCUUCAUUUUCUGA